AUGAGCAAUCUCCUCUCCCCGCAGUUCAAGCUCGAAGAGGUCACCGAAGAUGACAUGGUCAUCGCCUCGCUGGCCUGGGGCUUCACCCUCGGGUUCGGCUGGCUCACGACGUGGACGGCGGUCCGGCAGACUACGGCGAUGUACAGGCGGCAGGGCGACCGCAUCCUGCGCAAUCCGUACAUUUGGAUGAUUUGGCUAGAGAUCCUGGUGUGCUCGAUAUUCAGCGUCAUCUGCUGGUUGCAUCUCAAGGGCAUCAUUCCUCCAAGCUUUGCGUUCUACUUCACCAUCUUGACAACAUGGGCACUGCAAGUCCAGUUCUUACUUCAAAUCAUCAUCAACCGCUGCGCAAUUCUCCUCACCAAUAGGAAAUUGGCAUGGCGCGUCAAGGUCGGCGUGGCGGUCCUCAUCACCGCGAUCAACAUCUCCGUCUACAACAUCUGGAUCCCGGCCCGCCUGCAGGUCUCGGAUCGCUAUGUCGAGAUCAACGACUGGUGGGACCGCUGCGAGAAGGUCAUCUACCUCAUCGUCGACGGCGCGCUCAACAUCUACUUCGUCCGCAUCGUGCAGAAGAACUUGGUCAUGCACGGCUUGACCAAGUAUAAGCGUUUGACCAGGUUCAACAUGUUCAUUAUCGGGUUCUCGCUGAGCAUGGAUGUGCUCAUCAUUGCCAUGAUGAGUCUGAACAACACCUUCGUCUACAUGCAAUUCCACCCCUUGGCCUACAUGGUCAAACUCAAAAUCGAAAUGUCAAUGGCCGAACUCAUUGGCAAGGUCGCCCGCAAACGUGACAUGGGCAUUCUCUCCGCCGCAGACUGGAACGGCGACCGCAACUCAUGGCACCCUUCAGAGUACUCCCUCCAACUACCAAACUACAACCGCAACACACCAGCUGGUCGCCCAGCAAAUCCCAUCGAACUCAAUUCCAACCUAACCCGCGGCACCAACACCGCAGCAGUCAGCACCGCCCCCGGCUCCCGGCGAGAAUCCAUCGGAACUGCCGACCUGGAAGGCGGCCAACAGCCUAAGAUGGCAAUCUAUAGGACUCGAGAGGUCGUGGUGGAGAUCGAGCGCGUGCCCCCGGGCGGCAGCACCGCCAACCCGACCGUCCCCGCAGCGACGAGCAGCUCCCAGCAGCCGCCGCCAGACCUGGAAAUCUUCAACUCCCAGAUCCUGAUAGACGACUCCGAUGACGACGAAGAUGACGACUCCUCGCAGAAGGGCUUCUCGCACCCCGGCAAGCCCCUUGCGCUGCCCGACAUCUCGGCGCCCUGGGCAGGCGGCUUCAGCACGCGCAUUUGGGACGGGACGAACUGCGAACAGGACCCGACUCUGCCGGCAUCGGUAGCGAAGAUCGGGUCGGGGUGGCAACAGGACGACGUGUUGCAGGCGAGCGGGUUUCCCGAUUUGGGCACCAAGUGA